GUUCGCGGGAGGGGGAGUGUCCAUCAUGGAGUCGCUUUGGAGGCUGAAGCGGUUCGAUGCCUUCCCCAAGACGCUGGAAGAUUUUCGGGUCAAGACCUGCGGCGGCGCGUUCGUGACUGUAGUUAGUGGACUCAUCAUGUUCUUCCUGUUCUUCUCCGAGCUCCAGUACUAUCUCACAAAGGAGGUUCACCCAGAAUUGUAUGUUGAUAAAUCAAGAGGAGAUAAGCUACGGAUAAAUAUAGACAUUGUUUUUCCGCAUAUGCCAUGUGCUUAUUUGAGCAUUGAUGCAAUGGAUGUGGCUGGAGAGCAACAGCUAGAUGUUGAACACAAUCUCUUCAAACAGCGCUUGGAUAAAGAUGGCAAGCAUGUGACUCCAGAAGCAGAAAAACAUGAGUUAGGAAGAGAAGAGGAGACAGUCUUUGAUCCAAAUUCGUUAGAUCCUGAUCGCUGUGAAAGCUGUUAUGGAGCAGAAUCUGAGGAUAUCAAAUGCUGCAAUAGUUGUGAUGAUGUGAGGGAAGCAUAUAGGCGGCGAGGUUGGGCCUUCAAGAAUCCAGAUACUAUAGAGCAAUGCAAGAGAGAAGGAUUUAGCCAGAAAAUGCAGGAGCAAAAAAAUGAGGGGUGCAAAGUAUAUGGAUUUUUAGAGGUCAACAAAGUAGCUGGCAAUUUCCACUUUGCGCCAGGAAAAAGCUUUCAACAGUCUCAUGUUCAUGUUCAUGAUCUUCAGAGCUUUGGACUUGACAAUAUAAACAUGACACAUCUUAUCAGGCAUCUUUCGUUUGGGAAGGAUUAUCCAGGCCUUGUGAACCCACUUGAUGGGACAGUUGUCACAGCUCAACAAGCUUCCAUGAUGUUCCAGUAUUUUGUAAAAGUAGUCCCUACAGUGUACAUGAAAGUUGAUGGUGAGGUGGUGAGGACAAAUCAAUUUUCAGUAACACGGCAUGAGAAAAUAGCUAAUGGACUAAUUGGAGAUCAAGGCCUACCUGGUGUGUUUGUACUGUAUGAGCUUUCUCCCAUGAUGGUGAAAUUAACAGAGAAGCACAGGUCCUUUACACACUUUCUCACAGGUGUCUGUGCCAUUAUUGGAGGAGUGUUUACAGUUGCAGGACUCAUUGACUCUUUGAUCUAUCAUUCAGCUCGAGCCAUUCAGAAGAAAAUCGAGCUUGGAAAAACUACAUAGAAUAGUAGCUACAAUCCUUCCUAAAAGACUUGAAGAAAUUAAAAACAACUCUGACAUCAAUGUCCAAUCUGAAUGUGCCAAGCAAAGAUAACUGGAACUUUGGGGAGAGACUGACAUUCCAGUCUUGGGACAAGUAAAACGGGGAUUAAAUUUAAACAUCAAUGUUUGUGGUUGUUAAAACAUUUCUGUUUUAAUAUUCAUAUUGAUCAGUUGGCAUAUAUUUCAGUUUCUAGAUUCCAAAAGGAAGAGCAGUGUCAUCCAGAAUAUAGAUCACAAGACCUUCUACAUGUCUACAACUAGUUAUUUCUAAUUUAAUUUGUAUUUAGUGAUAUUGUAAAAUGUGUGAUUGGAAUAAAUUCUCAGGAAGAAGUUUUACUAAAGUGACCUGAUAAUUUUUUAAAAGCUUGCUUAUCAAGCGUUAAGGGUUGUUUUAGCCAAAAAUAUUGCUUAUACCAGUUUUCCAUAGCCCAGUUUUUUCCCUCUUCAUUGGCACCUAACAGUUUAAUUCUAACCACUGUCUGCAGUAGGUGACCAUGAUCUUCAUCUUUGGCUAUUCAUUUUCUAAAGUCAAUUAGAAUCUCUUGAAAUACAGUGUAAAUUUACUGGUUCCUGUCUCAGACCUCCUUUCCCAACGCCUCAUAUUUGUUAGCAGUAUCUCACUCUUCACCUCACUGUCUGGUCUAAUGGAAACAUCCUGUUCAUUAAUCAUUGUGAUGAUUGAUCAGGUAAGGCAAUUACAUCACUUGUGGUUGUGAUAAUCACGACCUGUUGAACUUAUGCCUACUCUAGGCCAAAAGGUAUGGAACUGAUUUCAAAUAGUUUGUUACUGGCUUCCACUACAUCUAGGUAGUAUAUAUCAACUGUACCAUUAUGGCACUUUACUCCUGAUGACACUAACUUAAAUGUCAAUAUCCAUGUAACUGAAUUUUUGAUGUUUUAAUGAUUAAAUCAUUUAUAUGA